UGAUUAACAUUUGAAGAGUUUAUGAAUGUGACAGAACGAGAGCAUAAGGAAUAAAUAGUUAAAGGAGAAUCUUGGUUUAUUAUUAAUAAUUUCCCUGGCAUUAGAGGAUAUCACGGCGUGAGUACCACAGGUAUGAAGCGGUACGAAGCGUAUGAAGUCUGGGAACGAGAGUAAAAAUAUUAAAAAAGUGAGGUUAUGGUACACCACUGUUGUCAAAAGUUAAUUGCAAUAAAAAUACAACUUUUCUACGAAUCCCGAAUAAGUAAUUACUUUUUCCCCAUCGAAAUUGAUGUAACUUGCUAAAUUACACGACCAUAAUUUACAAAAAGUCAAAAAGUGAAAUGGAUUGCUUUGAUUUAGCCGAAAACUGCCGAGCGUGUCAAAUUAAGACUCAGGAGGAGGAUACAAAAAUAUUCAUCUUGAACACAAUGAAGCUCCGGGACAUCUUCAAAGAAACCACAUCCCUGGACAUCCAUGAGAACGAUGGACUACCCAAAGUACUAUGCAACAUCUGCUACGAUCGCCUCCUGGAAGCUUACAACUUUCGGAAGAUGUGUUCCGCUGCAGCUCUGCACUUCCAGCAGAUUCUGUCAUUGGAUAUUCCUGAGGAGAAAUACACCCCACCUGAAUAUCUAACUGAUCCCUUGAUGCCUACUAAACCUGAUCCUGAUGAUUCAGAUUCGUACUCAGAAGACAAAUAUACUCCUCAUGAAGAAGAAUACAAUCCUUCUGAAGUACCGCUUCAAUUAACUGUGGACGAGAAACCCAUGGCAGAUGAGGACUAUGCAACUAAUGAUAGUCUCUUAAUCCCCCGAAAGCCCCGUAAGAGGAAUAAGACAGUGAAAAAGCAAGAAAAACCCGCUAAACCCUCUGAGAAGAAAACCCGUUCUCUUCCGGAAGAUACUGAGCAGCCAGAGAAACGUAAGAAGAUUAAUCAUGAAUGUAAUUUCUGCCAUAAGAAGUUUAACCGAAGAGACCAUCUAAAAUACCACAUUAUGAAUAAGCAUCAGGGAGUGAAGGCCUAUAAGUGUAAGAUCUGUGGGAAGGGGCUCUCGCGUCUUGGCUCAUUAACGGGGCACAUGGCGACCCAGCACGGGGCCAAGAGGAAGUUUCCAUGUUUGGAGGCAGGGUGUCAACAACAUUAUGAAACGGAAGAAGGUCUCCAGAAGCAUAUGAAAAUUUGGCAUGAUCCCGAGAAUCCCAAAAUUCGAGUACCUAACAUAGUAAUAAGGGUCUGUGAGACUUGCGGGAAGCAAUUCAAGACACCAGCUGCUCUUAAGAUACAUAGCUACACCCAUGGAAUUACCAAGCCAUUCAACUGCACACAGUGUCCAAAACGAUUCAGUACGAAGGAACAGCUCAAAGCACAUACAUUGCGGCACAAGGGCAUUAAGAACUUUGAGUGUAAGAUUUGUGGACAAAAGAAGGUAACGGCUCGUGAACUGAGGACCCACGUGAAUACUCACACAAGAGAGAAAAUUUUGUCAUGCGAAUUCUGUCCCUAUCAAAAUGUAAGCUGGGGAAAUAUGAAGAAACACGUGAAGGUAGUUCAUCAAGGAAUAAAGGAUUACCAUUGUCCGCAUUGCGAUAAAUCCUUCGGAAAACCAGAUACCCUUAAGCAUCACGUAAUGAUCCACACAGGAGAAAAGCCACAUGCCUGCAGCGAAUGCGGGAAAAGAUUUAUCCAACCAAUAGCCCUCAAGACUCACAUGAAGACUCAUCUCAAGUAUAAAGUCCAGUCCAAGUUUAUCAUUAAUAUUGUGUCCAGGAAGUCAAGGAGCGAGAUGGAGUCCCCAAGCAUUGCACAAAACUGCCGUGCCUGUCAAGAUAAGACACGGGAGGAUUCCCGGAUACUUAUUUUUGCAAGUAUUAAGCUGCCUGAUAUCUUCAAGGAAACCACAUCCCUGGACAUUCAGAAGAAUGAUGGACUACCUGAAGUUUUGUGCUUAACCUGCUACAAUCGCCUCCUUGAAGCUUACAAUUUCCGGAAAAUGUGCUCAGCUUCUGCCCUAGAUUUUCAUCAGAUUCUCUCAGCGAAUAACCAGGAAGACACUGUGUCUGAGAAUGUAAAGGAUCCGAUUGUGAUUCCCAAUGCAGAUAUCAAUGAAAUAUCAGACAGCGCUUCGGAAAAGUCAUACUCGCAUCCAGACUCAAUCAUGGAAAUCCUCGAUGAUGAUCCAGCUGUUCCGGAAGAGGCAGAGAAGACGGAGAAGACUCAGAAAUUGAAGAAAUUUAAUGUGGAGUGUAAUCUCUGCAAUUUAAUAUUCUUCCGGAAGGAGGGCUUGGAAAUACACAUGAUGGUUAAGCAUCAGGGAUUGGAAUCAUGCCAAUGCUUAAUAUGUGGAACGAGCUUUGAUAGCAAAGAUUCGCUGAUCAUGCAUCUGGAGGCUCAUCAUGGGGUAAUUGAAGACAAGUACGAACGCAAACAGGAACACAAACAGGAACGCAAACAGGAACGCAAACAGUCAGUUUCCGGAAAAAAUGAGUGGGUAUGUAAUGAUUGUGGGAUACAGUUCCAAAACUAUUACACCAUCAAUAAGCACACCUGCAGACCAAAUAUUACUAGUCUUUUGAGACCAUCUAAAAUCCAGGAAGAGACAGACAAGAGGGAUAAACCAUGGGUUUGUGAAUUUUGUCCCUACGAAACAUCUUCUAGGGUAAGUAUGUAUCGGCACUUGAAGGAAAUUCAUCAGGGAAUAAAGAAAUUCCAAUGUCACUACUGUGACCGCUGCUUCGGGAAUUCAUGGAAUCUCAAGCAUCACGUGAUGAUUCAUACAGGAGAGAAGCCACAUGCCUGCGAAAUAUGUGGGAAGAGAUUUAUCCAACCAGUAAGCCUGAAGACUCACAUGAAGAUGCAUCCAGAAGUCUUAAAGUGA